CUAUCACCAGGUAAAAGUUGCACCUCAAACGCGUUUUUGGACCUGUGAUGACUUAUUCGAUCGCUAUGAUUUGUCUCUUAUCUCAGUCAAUCGAACUUUUCAAAGCAUGUGAGCACGGCUGGCCGUGACUCAUGAUACAUCGGGCGAGUUCCCGACAGUGAAUGGUAUUUAAAGGUGCACCAAUUCCCUGAUAUUGCUGAUCAACACAAUUAUCUUUUUUAAUCGUACAGGCCAUUGUUCUUGCUACCUUAACGAAUAUGUUUAUCCCUUCUGUGCACAAUGAACCGGACCGCGAGGUCCUACUUCAGUUUAUCAAGGAAAACCCCUUGGGUAUCCUCAUCACCGGCAUCGACUCCUCUCAGCAAGACUUCCUCCAAUGCACCCAUGUACCCUUUGUACUCGACCAGCCAGAGGACUCGAAGCCGCCUUGCCUCCGUGCCCACAUUGCCAAGCAGAACCCUCAAGUGAAGGCUAUGCUUGAGGCCGUGGAUAAUAAACCACCGGGUGUUCUCCAACCCGACCAGGACGUUCUCGUUCUCUUCAACGGCAAACACGACCAUUAUGUGACUCCGAAAUACUACACCGAAACCAAACCGGACACGGGGAAAGUGGUACCGACGUGGAACUACUCCGCGGUGCAGGCCUACGGUAAACUGUCUCUGUACUACGACUCCAGGACACCUGAGGCAGGGCAGUUCCUGGCCAAACAACUUCAUGAUUUGUCCGAGCAUACGGAGAGAUCGGUUAUGGGCUAUACCGGUGGCGACAGACCGCAGCCAUGGAAGGUCUCCGAUGCGCCGGAACGGUAUAUCGAACUCAUGCAGAGGAAUAUUGUGGGAAUUGAGAUUGAGAUAAGGACGCUGCAGGGCAAGUUCAAGAUGAGUCAGGAAAUGCGGCCUGGAGAUCGGGAUGGUGUGGUUAAAGGCUUCGCUAAGCUGGGAGGUGACACUGGUGCGGCUAUAUCGGCCCUGGUUCAGGAGCGAGGGGAGUUGCACGAUCGAAAGAAACAGGAGAAGGUAUAGGAGAUAUUUAUUCAGUAUUCAUCAAAGUCACAUAUCAUACCUUAUAGUCGUAUUAGUAGUACCUCCAAUUUAUUCUGCAG